UUCUGGAUUAGUUAGAUCAUUGUCAUUGAUGAUGAGAGAGAGGAAAAUAGGCAGAACCCUCCGGAAGAAGUCACUUCAAAACUGUAAAACAUACAUGUUUUGCUGUCGGAAGAUUUCCAAGUUUUGUUUCACCAUGGAAUUAUAGCGUAUUUAUCGCUGUGCUUGUUAUUUUCAACGAUGUCUAAGACAAAGAUGCGUUUGAACGAGCGCAAUGUCGCCUAUUUCGCCUCAUGUAAUUCCCCUAUUGACAAGGAAGGCAUAUUGAACAAGAGAGGCGAAUCGAGUCGUUUUCACAGGCGAUAUUUUGUUUUGAAGGGCAAUUUAUUAUUCUACUUCGACAAGAAAGGUGAUAAAGAACCAAUUGGAUUAAUCAUUUUAGAAGGAUGCAGGAUAGAACUGGCAGACAUGGAUGAUAACAAUAUGUUCCAAAUAUCAUUCCCUGGAGAAGGCGUUAGGUCAUACGCUUUGGGUGCGAAUUCACAAGAUGAAAUGGAGUCUUGGAUGAAAGUUUUAUCUUGUGCUAGUUAUGAGUAUAUGAAAGCUAUGGUUAUUGAAUUACAAAGGCAACUUGAUGAACUAUCUCAUAAUGACAGCAAUAUUGCUGCGGCUCGACAGUCGCAUCGUUACAGCCAAUACACUCCAUCUCGGCAAGACAACGAUAGUGUAAAUGGUGCACGACUUUCUGAUGUUCAUAGUCACAGCACAGGUAGUCUGGAUGAAAUACGAGACAAUCCAAUGCCACUCCCAGGUAGCUCAGCUGUGAGCAUUUACGAUAAAGGAAAAACGGAAUCGCUCGCACAUACAGGUGCACCCCGAAGGAGUCCAUUUCAUAGCAACAGAAAUUCUGAACCGGAGCCUGUCUGUGGUCCGUCACGUUAUAAUAAUCCAGCAUACGAUAUAUGGAACCCGAUAGAUGAUGAUGGACCUGUUAGCGAUACAUUAUCUUCAAGCACGUCAAGCUCACGUGAUUCUGAGUACGAGGAACUUCCGGACGGUAGAACAAGACCAGUCUCGUAUGAAAACGUUCCUGUUGUAGACAUACCCCAACCACGCGCCACUAGUCGAUUAAGCAGUGCAACAUCGAUGAUAAAAAAGAAUAAUCCAUUUUCUCGAUCAGCACCCCCAACAGUGACGCGACCCCAACAAACUGUAUAUAUAGAUGGUGAAAAGAGAGCACGCUCAUUUGCAGAAUUACAUCAAGAUUUUGGUGUAUUCAUAGUUCGUAUGGUGAAUGAAAGCCGACACAAGCGAACACUUGAUGCUAAAAAUAGUAAUGAUUCUGCAUGACAACUUAAUAACUAAAAAAAUGAUAAUUAGUGACAGUAUUUGACGCUGCUGGACAAUUGACAAUUUUGUAUACAGUAAUUGUACUGCCUCCAUUAAUAAUUCAUAAUAAAAAUGUGACUAAAUAUUAUUAAGCACCAAAACAACUUGCCAACAAUCGUAGUAGAUAUUUUAAACAGUUGUAUAAUAACUAAAAACCAGAACUAUAAAAGAAAUGGUAAGAUUUUACAAAAAGAAGUAUUUUAAUAUUGAGUGCGAAAUUGUUCAGGACAGGAUAUUUAUUUCUUAGUUCAGUGGGAUCAGUGUUAAAGCUUAUUGUGACAGAAGAAAUUGAAACAGUCACCAGCUAGUUCAUUUUGGGCUAUGUAACUAACACCAAGGAGGUUAACCUCCUUGCUAACACACAGCAUGUUGAAGUAUGAGUGAAUUGGGCAUUUAUUGAAAGUGAGAAGAAUCUUGAAUUUCAGUCUCUGAUUGACAGUAAGCCAAUUGAUGAUGAUUAUUAUGAAGUAAGAAUGAAUUUUAGCCAGAAUGAGAACUUUCAUUGUGUGGACAAAUAAAGCCACACUUUUGUCAUUUUUCAGAGUUACUGUCCAAAGUUGGACACCUUUAGCAAAUUUACGAGUAAGCCAAAGAGAAGAGAGUUUCAGAAUUGAUUGUAAAUGAUUGCAAUGGAUGAAAAAGAUGCAGGUAGCAGAAGAUCCUGAUUAUUGGUAAUUCCCAAGAUCGCAUCUUUAGAUUUUUCACUCUCAAAAUAUCUCUGUUUUGUUUUGUUAAAGGUACUCUUUUUAUGCUGGUAAAGAUACAUGAUAACUUUAAUUGGUUUAGCAACUGAUGUGUGAUUACAAUCAGCAAUAUUGUAAACAUUGUUUUAAUGAUACUGAUAGUAACUUUAUCAGACAUACCAUUGCUUGUGGACUAGUACCAGCUAAAAUAUUUUAUGCAAUUGGCAUUUUAUCUGCUGUGUGCUGAAAUUAUCUUAGGGUUUUUUGGCAAGCCUAAAUAUAAUAUGAUUGUUGAGGCGAGACUUUUUUUGUAGGGCUGUCUUGUUUAUGAAACCCGCUGCCCGCCAAUAAUUAUUUCAAAUAAAAAUUAAAUUAAAUUUUUGGCCAAUUAGCGCACCCGCCGUCAUGAAAAAUGAAAAUUUCAGAAAAAAUUUAAUUUUUCUUUAUUUUUAUUAUGCCUGCUACUGCCUUGAAAUCUCCAAAAAUAUAAUAUGUAAAUUUCUUCCUAAAUAUAUAAAUUUGAAGUGCUAACCAUCCCAAUAUUAUCACUGUUUACAUUCAGCAAUCAACAAUCUGAGAAAAGAUAAGUUCGCGAAACAAAGUACAAAAAAAUCUUGCCUGAACAGUGAGAAUAUAUUUUAAUGUAGACAGGGUUAAUUAAAUAUACUGUACUGUACACCUCUACAAUUUUUAUUGAACUUUGAACUGAUACUUAAUGCAUUAUUCUUUCAAAAUAAUUUUGGAGAAAAAAAACCUUGAUUGGAUCCAGUGUUAAUAAUCACAUGUUUAGUAUAAUUGUUUUGCAUGCUUUUUAAAUAGAAUUAUCUGCUUGGAUACAAAAUAUAAUUGAUAUUAAUUACCAAUAAUUAAUUUUUAUAAUCCGACAACUAACAAAAAUAUAUAAGAUGUAUUGUAGCAUGUUUAACUUAUUAUAAAAAAAAAAAAUCUGCAUUUUUCAAUUUGUGGAUUAAAUUUUAAAUUUUCCAAAUUCUUUUGUCAAGCCUUCUAAGCUGCAACACGUGACUAAUCCUAAUACCAACAAUGUGUAAAACUUAGUUAUCAGGUAUCAAUGAAAUAUUGGAUUUUAUUGGUUCAAACGUGAUGCUUAAUGGACGUUUAAGUAUAUUAUAUUUCAGGAAUUGUACUUCUGUUCUACUAAGUAGUAGAAAAGUACAACACUGCACCCAGUACAAAGUGAUUGCAACUAAAAAUGAAAUCUGAUAAAACAGGAUACAGACAUAUAUACAGUAACUGUAGUGUUUACAGUACACUUAACAAGUUUUUGUCUAGUUUAACUUUGAACUGUAUAUCAUAGGCAACUUCAAAUUCUCACUUCCUCUCACAUCAGUGCUAAAAACAAGGCAUUGUCAUCAAUUACCAUUGCAGCCUAUCAGCUUUCUUAGUUGUCUGCUGAAAUAACCACCAAAGAUUACUGUAUACCUUCCUCUAGCCUUCAUUGAUAAUCACAUCCGAAAUACACUAAGUGCCAGAAAGAGCCACUUGUAGUUGACAACUUGAUAUUAAUGCUGGCCAGGUAUUUACCAUGCAUGCAGUACAUUACUGUAUUGCACUUAUUACAUAUUAUUGGAGUGUUAAAAUGGUACCAUAGGCCUGUCUGAACAUUAGCAUUUUUCUGUAAGGAAAUUAGAAAGUUUUAUAGCAUCCAGAUGAUAUAAGCAUCAAGGUAUAUUUGAUAAUAUAUACUUUUGAUUAAAUGUUGCGAGGUUUAUUAAAAAUAGAAUGGUCUAAUAUGCACCGCAGUGCUUCUUAACCAAGGGCAAUGCUGUCAUGAUUCUCAUAUUUUUGGUCGUGAACAAUAGUUGGGUCUCUGUGGCAUAUUACACAGGAUUGAACAGCAGUAUUCAGCAUUUUUCUAAGAUUAAAAACAAAUUAUUUGUUUCUAAUGGCUGUCUAAAUUCAAUAUACAUCUGUCUUUAGAACUGACUAGCUUCUUAUCCUUUGGAUAAUUAUAUUUACUGAAAAAGAAAGUGAAAAUAAGUAAAGGGUAAUUUGAUUUCCAGUCGGAAGUGUCAUCAUUAUGGUUGCCACAGCAACCCUUCACACUUUUAUUACUUGAAUUCAAGAUUAGAUUUUUAGGUAAAAAGGUUAUAAUUUUGUUGUAUGGCAGACCAGUUCAAGUUUCUCUCUAGAAAAGAGCAAAUAUUACUUGAAACUUUUAAACAUGAUUAUAAACAGAUGAUGAUUGCUGAGCUUUUGGUUUUAUGUGAAUAACAAACAUGUGACCAAAGAUUUUUUUUUGUAACUGGAGUAAUUUUACUUUCUGUGUUUACAGGUACAGACACAAUUGUUAUUGUUUUUUUUUAUACCUGUACAUACACAACUCCUAGGCCUUUUAAAGUAUAAAUGGAAAAAAAAAAUCAGUAUGGGGAUAAUUUUUAGUUAAAAAAUAGAUUUUCAGUCAUAUAUGUAUAAGUGGACAACUACAGACUAUUGGUUAAUGGGCCUUUCUGGUGUGUCAAUCAAACUUAUCUGACCAACCAGAAGAGGGGGAAUAUGCAUGUGUCUUAAAAACAAGUGUAUGCUCAUGUUUUUACACUGUCAUUUUGUCGGACCUUAAGGAUAUUACAUUAUUAUUAUUAUUACUAUUCAUUGUUUAAAAUAGGUAAGAUUUUGAAACUUUCAAAAUUUGUUGAAAAAUACUUUUUUGAUAUUGUGAAAUUGUAAUAUAAAAUUUAUUUUCUACUAUAAAAAUAAAAUAUCCAUCCAAAUGCC